AUGCAGAGUGCGCUCGCCGCAUGCGGCUCCAUCAAGUGGCUCCAGCUUGCCAUGGCAAAGAGUGAGGUUCAGCAGGAUGCGAUUUCCGCCACAACUAUCCGAGAUCCAUUGUUUUGGCUUGUGCAUUCGCAUUGGCCCUUUUACCCUGGUGAGGCUCAGCGGAAAACCGGCUGCUGCCAUAGUACAGAGUAUAUGCCAUAUGGUUGGUAUCGCCGCAUCACCAGAGAAUACGCAUGCAUGUCGGUGGUAGAAAUCUGGCUGCAGUCGUCCCAAAUGCAUAUUUCCUCGCACCAGUCAACAACUUCGCCCAUACUGGACAGCAGCGCGCACAAUGCAAUGCACCUCGAUAUGACGUGA